CAGCAGGAACACACAGCAGCCGCCGACUGAGUCUUUACUAGCAACUGACACCCCGUAACCAUGGGCAGGAUCAUCUUCUACGAGGACAGGAACUUCCAGGGUCGCUCCUACGAGUGCAUGAGCGACUGCUCCGACAUGUCCUCCUACCUGAGCAGGUGCCAGUCCUGCCGGGUGGAGAGCGGCUGCUUCAUGGUCUACGAGCGCCCCAACUUCAUGGGCAACCAGUACUUCAUGAGGAGGGGCGAGUACUCCGACUCCAUGAGCAUGAUGGGCAUGCGGGACUGCAUCAGGUCCUGCCGUUCCAUCCCCAUGCACAGAGGCCAGUUCCGGAUCAAGAUCUUUGAGAGGGAGAACUUCAGCGGCAUGAUGCACGAGCUGCAUGACGACUGCGACAACAUCAUGGAGCGCUUCCGCAUGAACGACUGCAUGUCCUGCCAGGUGAUGGACGGCCACUGGCUGCUGUUUGAGCAGCCCCACUUCCGUGGCAGGAUGAUGUAUAUGAGGCCCGGCGAGUACCGCAGCUUCAGGGAGAUGGGCAUGAGCAACAUGAGAUUCAUGAGCAUGAGACGCAUCAUGGACUCCUGCAACUAAAUGUCACUGAAUGUAUGAGGUCUGGCACAUUCCUGUAUUAGCCAACAGAAAGUCAUAUUAAAACUGAAGGAUGUAAUCGCUGAUCAUCUCGAGUGCAUU